AUGUCAUCAAGUGAUGAAGAUAAUCAUGUUGUCACCAAGAAAGGCGGCAAGAAAUCUGAGAAACAACCAAAGGUUGAGUAUCAGAUUAAGCCAUCUACUGGUGGACCAAGCAUGGAUACAUCAAACUGGCCAUUACUUUUAAAAAAUUAUGAUAAAUUGAACGUCAAAACUAACCACUUCACUCCAUUACCAUGCGGUUGGUCCCCAACUAACAGACCUCUUCUUGAGCACAAACGUUAUGGAGUCAUUAACCUUGAUAAGCCAUCAAAUCCCUCAUCUCACGAAGUCGUAGCCUGGAUUAAACGUAUUCUAAAGGUUGAUAAAACUGGUCACAGUGGUACUCUCGAUCCAAAAGUUACUGGAUGUUUGAUUGUUUGCAUUAAUAACGCUACAAGACUUGUUAAAGCACAACAAUCAGCUGGUAAAGAGUAUGUCGCAAUUGUUAAACUCCAUCAACACAUUGACAAGACUAAGACUCUUGAAAAGGCUAUCUAAGCUUUGACUGGCCCUUGUUUCCAAAGACCCCCUCUUAUUUCUGCAGUUAAGAAAGAAUUGAGAGUUAGAACUAUUUAUGAAUCGAAAUUAUACGAGCAUGAUAUCAAAAGAGAUAUGGCUAUUUUCUGGCUCAGUUGUGAGGCAGGUACCUAUGUUAGAACUAUGUGUGUUCACAUCGGUUAUUUAUUGGGAUGUGGUGCUCAUAUGCAAGAACUCAGAAGAGUUAGAUCAGGUGCUCUCAAGGAAGAUGAUACCAUGGUCACUAUGCAUGAUGUUAAGGAUGCUCAAUGGCAUUUUGAGAAAUACAAUAAUGAGACCUAUCUUAGAAGAGUUAUUAUGCCACUUGAAAUCUUAUUGAUUCACUAUCCUCGUAUUGUGGUAAAGGAUACCUCAGUUAAUGCAGUCUGCUACGGAGCCUAACUCAUGCUUCCAGGAGUCCUGAGAUACGAAUCAGGAAUUGAAGUUGGAAAAGAAGUUAUUCUUAUGACAACUAAAGGUGAGGCUAUCGCUCUUGCUAUUGCAUAAAUGACAACCUCCACUAUUGCUACUUGUGAUCACGGUAUCGUCGCCAAGACCAAGAGAGUUAUUUUAGAGAGAGACGUUUAUGAGCGUAAAUGGAAGCUUGGUCCCUUCGCUAAAAAGAAGGAAACUCUUAAGACCGAGGGUAAACUCGAUAAAUAUGGUAGAGUAACAGAGUCCACUCCUGAAGCAUGGAAACUUUUAUUCGGACAACCAGAUGUUGGAACUAGCAUUGAUGCAGUAGCUAACAAACUAGGAGUCAAGAAAGACCAAAAUGGAAGUUCAAAGCCAGCAGAGACCAAAAAAUCAAAGCCAGCAAAGGAGGAAUCAGAAGAAUCAGAAGUUGAAUAAAAGUCAAAGAAAGAUAAGAAAGCAGCUGAGAAAGAAAAGAAGAAGGAAAAGAAAGAUAAAAAGAAGGAUAAAAAGGAUAAGAAAGACAAAAAGAAGAAGAAGGAAUCAAGCAGCGAGGAAGAGUCAGAUGAUUGA